UUAUGGUGUUGGUUGCACUGAAGUUGAGAUUGACACUCUUACUGGAGACUUUAAAAUUCUAAGAAGUGAUUUGUUGAUGGACGUUGGUGACAGUUUAAAUCCAGCUAUUGACAUAGGACAAGUGGAGGGUGCAUUUACACAGGGACUUGGUUUAUUUACAAUGGAAGAGGUUGUAUACCUAAAGAAUGGUAAACUAUUUACUACUGGACCAGGAGCAUACAAGAUCCCCUCAUGCAAUGAUAUACCCAUUGAACUUAAUGUAACUCUCAUGGACUCUACUCCUAACCCAAGAGCUAUCUUUAAUUCUAAAGCUGUUGGUGAGCCUCCAUUGUUUUUAGCUGGGUCAGUUUUUUUUGCAAUAAAGGAUGCCAUAAGAUCAGCAAGAAUAAGCAGAGGUCAUCAUCCUGUGUUUGACCUUUGGGCUCCUGCAACUGCUGAGAGAAUAAGACUAGCUUGUAAAGAUCAGUUCACAGAAAUGGCUAAAGAAAAGAUGAAGAAUAAAUAUCCAGAGAAAAAGGAGAGAUCUGAAAGAUGGAAUGUAGUACCAUGAUAGUAUUUAUAUUACAGUCACGUCCUUAGUUAAAUGUCAAAUCUGAAAUUCAACUAUUUAUUUAUACUUUUCAUUUCCUUAUUACUCAUUACAAUUGAAA